AGAGCUGUCAAAGCAACCUGCGAUAAAACUGUGGCGAUGGUGGUGCUCAUUGCCAAAUUGAUAAGAGCCAUCCGUCUGGUCGGAGCUGAAAACGUUUCUCCGUCUGAGCAGCCGAACUGACCACUCCUAUUCUGUACUGCAGUGUUGACGUUAUCCGAAUUACGUGGCACGGAAAGACAUUGAACAUUGAAAAUUGUUCAUAUCAGAGAAGUAGCUUACAGACACAUACUGGCAAGACUGUUUACCGAUUAUAAGACAGCUGAGGGAUCUGAGAUUGAGUUGUUCUACCGGAAUCUGCAUCAGUACAUUGUGUGGUGGACGUUUGAGGAACAUCGCUCAUGAUGCACUUCGAGCAGUCUGAUCUCUUGCACCAACAGCUGAGAGACGCUAUGUGCACGACUGGCCUACACUCGUCGCAUGAUCUCGCGUCCGAUUUGUCACUCGACGCUCUGUGCCGAAUGCCCGAGCUGCUUCGAAGAGACGUCGCCUGGCCAACGCUUGGCUCGCUUUGGACAACGGACAGUGACGUGAACACGCCGAACAAUUCCUUGCAGAUCACCUCUACCCCCGCUGUCACUGAUAUGGUAACAUCACCCCUGGACGAGCCACUUUACCUCACUACAGCAGCGACACGCACACACGCACGCGGACAUGCCACAUCCACGUCGAGCAACGACGUGAACUCAAGAGCCCAGAUACGCAGUCGCACCAGCAGUAGCGCCAGCGACAGCACAGCGAGAAGCCUGCAGAGCUUGGCGUCACUGAGCGGGGAAGAAACAGGCGUGGAAGCAGCCCUUAGCGAAGAUCCGAAGCAGUGGAACAAGCAGGACGUCCAGAGCUGGCUGGCCAGUAUCCUGGACAAGUGCAGCAUCACUUCACUGGACGUGGAGCAGUUUCAGCCGCUGACAGGUCAGCAAGUCUGUCAACUAACACUGCACGACUUUCACCAGCGCUGUCCUGGCAUUGUUGGUGAUAUCCUGCACACCGACCUCAAAGCACGUCAGAAACGACUCGAGCGAAGCCUGGACGAGGUCAUUCGACAGGAAAGAGAGCGACCAGAGGACGUGGAAGAAGCAGCCAGGAUUAUUGCUAACCUCUGCUCUUCCGAGUCCUCCUCCCUGAUGUUUGCUACAAAUUCACACACACCACCAGCCUAUGCAUGA